UUUUCCCACAAAGGGAUGAUCGUAUUUUGCUAGUAGCGGUCGCUUUUGCAAUUUUCAAGCGGAUACCCAAGAACGCGUCCAAGGUUAAUUUUUCGCAAGUUGACGAAUCAACCUCCCUUCCGGGUCUCUCUUUCUCCAACCAAGUGUCCGCACGGGGUUCUUGCAACAGCGUGCAUCGCCAACAAGUGAAGUGUACCCGCAACAGCAGUGUUUGUGAUCCCAUUUUCCGCUGUAAAAAGAAAAAUGUUCGCACUUAUAGUGAAAUGAGCUAUAAAUUAUCUCACUCAAUUCACACCACUUGCCAAGAAGAAGUCAAUGCAAAGUUCGGACGUUGUUGUGAGAACAAACGCUGUGUCUUUCAGCACUUUCACCCCCUCCUUUUAGGAUUAAAUUUAUAGAGGUUUUUUUAAGGCCCAUAUAUCCUUCACACCCCCCUGAGAGACACACGAAAAUUGACCCACCGGCGUGAGUGCAAAAAAGAACGAGAGAAAAAGGAGCUAACCUACCGGAUCCCAUUUUUUGCUUAACAUGCACAUAAAUUUGUACGCAUUUAUCGUGGAGAAAAAAGUGUCCGUUUGAAGGAAGAAAAAAAAAGAAAACAGAGCUCCCCCGCAUUUGCAGGAGUUUAAUUACCCGUGCUAUCGUGCUUCACACGUUUGGAAGCAAUUAUCCCCGCCAAAGGACUCCGGCCAUCAUGUACGAGAGCUCGUGCUCAUACCAGACAGCCCUGGAUCUCAAGAGGCCCCAAGUGAAGUCCGAAGAUUGCCUUGGGGUGCCACAGUGUUCACCCGAUUGGGCAUCCUAUCGUUUCCACCAAUCCACAUUCGAGCAACUAAAACAGAGUGUGGAAAAGGCCAAGGCAGCCCUACAGGAUCGUACCUUCCUCGGCACAACGGGAGCUUUCAGCGAUAUCUACGCCUCACCCAGACUUGCUGAAUCCCUAGAGACGGUGGUAUCUCUGGGAAAUGCCGCCGGAUGUAAUGUCGUGGGCGUAAUCAAUGGCCACCGGAAUGACUUAAUCUCUUCCAGUACAACUACAGCUUCCUCAACAUCAAUGGUGGAUUCCCUUAAUGAUGUGUCCGAAAUCAGCAAGAUUAGAUUAGGGCAUGAGAAAAGUCUAAACCUCCCAACACAGGAUGAUGUGAGAAAUGUUAAAUGCAAUACAGAUUCAUCCUACAAAUCAUCAUGGAGUUCCCACAGCACAACACAAUCACAAGGGUACAGUUCCAACGCUCUAAGUAGCGUAGGUGUUGGAAAAACCACCAUUGAUCCACAUUCCCACCUGCGACAACCAGAUCCAUAUCAAAUGUUUGGACCAACCAGCAGUAGGUUAGCGAGUUCAGGAUCAGGACAAAUUCAGCUGUGGCAAUUCCUACUGGAACUCCUUAGUGAUUCGGCAAAUGCAGGCUGUAUCACGUGGGAAGGUACCAAUGGUGAAUUCAAAUUAACAGAUCCCGAUGAAGUGGCCCGAAGGUGGGGUGAGCGUAAAUCGAAGCCCAACAUGAACUACGAUAAGCUAAGUCGAGCUUUAAGAUAUUACUAUGAUAAGAACAUAAUGACAAAAGUUCAUGGGAAACGAUAUGCGUACAAGUUUGACUUCCAAGGGCUAGCAGCUGCCACGCAACCUGCAACGAGUGAUCCCACGUACAAGUACCAGAGUGAUUUGUUCAUGGCACCAUAUCACCAUGGAGCGAAGCUUAGUUCCUUCAUGAGUCCCCACCAUGGAAUGACUUCCACCUCAGCAUCAAUCUUCCCAUCGGCGGCUUCGUGGAGCAAUUGGGGCGGCCCUACGACAAAUCUGUAUCCCCCCCACUCGAUGAGCCAUGUGACGCCACCCCAUGUCACCCCCCAUCUGGGUACCUAUCCGCACUACGCAUGACCAUCCCCCACCACUGGUGGAUUCUAAUUCACGUAGACAGUGGCGCCAUUGCCAGUGGCAGUCGCACCGAAAGGAUAAUGGGCAGGAUACCUAUAUUUUUUCGAAUGAAUCUCAUACGGACGGGAGAGAUAAGCAGAUUAAAAACAAUAAGGAAUGAUUUUAAAAAUUUAACGAAAAUUUAACGAUUCGUUCAAUUUUUCGUUCAGUUCCUCAUUCUCUUGUCUUCUUGGUUUAUUUUACGAAAGAACCAUUUAUGUCUCUUAAAAAUAUGAAAUUGACCACAUUAUCCAUUAUCUUAACGAAAGAAAAAGUUUCGUUAAGUUCAAAAAAAAUUCUAAAGAGAUUUAUCUAAUUAAAUUCAUCAUCGAAAUUUUCUUUUUCCUAUUCCCUCUAAACAUUUUCAGAUUUCGUUAAGUGUGUUUUUUGGUAAUUGGACGAAUUUUCAACGAAAGAAUAUUUUUAUUUUCGUCUCGUAGAAAAAAUCAUUUUCAAAGUAUUUUAUUGGUCUUGAAUGUGUUAAUGAAGACUAUUAUUUUUUGUUUUAAAUAUUUAAUUGAAGAAUUAAUAUUUUUUUGUGACAACUGCAUUCUAGUCCAGCUUCCUUAAUUAGCUAGACGAUUCUAAGUCAUUCUAAUUACCUUUUUUUAUUAUUUAAUUCAAAGACGAGAUUUCUUUACCAGAUUAUUUCCAAAUUCAAUAAAAUUGCAAAGUAAAAAAAAUAUUUUCUACAAUGAAAAUAAAUGGAAAAUAUAUCGGAGAAGAGAAGUUAAAGAAAAACCACAAAAUUUUCUAAUAAAUGUCCAAUUUUUACAACACAAGAAACAGUCAUAUUUUUUUGCUCUGUAUAAAAGAAACCUCAAAUGGAGUCAUCCAGCGAGAAGAAUAUUAGGUGUGUAAUCAACAUUUAAAGAAAAAAAAUAAAUAUCCGUGUUAACAAUUAAGGGCAUAAAUAAAAUUGAAGAAAAAAAUGAAAGCCGUAUCAUAAAUAUAAGCGCAAAAGGCUAAAUUGAAGGGUUUUCUGUGUCAAUUUAUGUUCCUCCUAUACUACAAAAAAAAGAAAGAAAAGUAUGAGAAUGGAAAGGUAAACAAAGUAAAACAAACCACCAAAAAAUAUACUGAAUAAACAUUUUUAAAAUCAUUUAAAAACAUUUUUAAAUCAACAUUUUUUCUUCUUUAAAUUCUUCUUUAAAUGAGAAAAAAAACUCCUUAAGUUGUAUCUCUUCAAAUUGAGAGUGCCAAAUGAUUUUUUUGGUUUAAAAAUUUAUAUUAUUAUUAAAAAAAAUUAUAUAUAAAGGAAAAUAAAGAAAAAAAAUGAUAAAGAAAAACUUUCUAGUCCCAAAAGCAGAUGCAAUGUUUGUUGAAGUGAAAAAAAACUUAUUAAAGAGAGAAUAAAUAAAAGAAAAUAAAUAAAACAUAUGAGAAUCUGUGAUAGUUGUAAAAAAAAAAGAUAAAUAUAAUUUAAUGAAAAGAGAAACAUUUUGUAAAUGACUAUAAAAUGUGAGAGAAAAAUGGUUAUCUAAAAAAUAUUAUAUAGUUGCGUGUAAUAUAAAUGUACAUAAAACUAGAUGACCCCGCUAUGAGAAUACCAAGUGGAUUGUAUGUAGUGAUUGAUUAAUAAAGGUUUAGAUUGUAAGAAAUUUGCGGCUAAGAAUAAUCCAAAAGAAAUCCAGCGAAUUCCUAAAUAAAAAAAACGCGACAUUUAAAAAAAAAUGUGAUGGAAAAAAUCUUGCAAAAGAAUGAAUGUUAGAAAUGCCAAAACAUUUUUAAUUAAAAUCUUUAUAAAAAAAUCUCUUAAUUUACAAAAGAAUAUUUUCCCGAAAAGUUUAUUUCUCACUUUUUUUUCUUUCAUAAAUGGGUGCAGCUCAAUAUUGUCACAGAAAAAGAAAAUCGCUGGAAAUUAUUGAAUAAAUGUAUGUAGAAAUGUAAUAAUAAAUUAUUAUAUCAAUGUAUACAAAUAAAUGUCAGUUCAAUGUAUA